ACAAUCUUUUUUUUCUGUCCCCGGUUCCGUGCCCGGUAAAGGGAAAAAAAACCCUCAUUUCUCUGUACAGUCUCUUACAGACUACAGACUCUAUCAGGGGAUGAGAUCCGGCUUCCCCCGUCACUGACCAGAACCACUGAAAACCCUAACCGCCAUUCGAACUCUUUAGAAUAUCUGCACAAGAAGCUGCCGCAGAAGAAGAAUCUUACGGAUUGCGGGGUGCUGUUUUAGGUCUGAAGACGUGCAACGCACAUAGUUGCUGAAAGGUCACGGAGGACAGUUAUCGGAGCACUGCUUCUCGCUUGUAUUAGGGUUUGCAUAGUACAGAAGAGAUGUGGAAUAACGGAGGAGCGAGCAACUCGUCUGCACAGAUGGUACCUCCCGGGACCGGUGGUUCUUCCAUUCCUCCUCCCCCGCCGAUGCAACCGUCUUACAGCAUUCCGCUUUCUGCCGCGGAGGCAGAGGCGCGUCUUGAAGAGAAGGCGCGCAAGUGGAUGCAGUUGAAUUCGAAGCGUUAUGGCGACAAGAGGAAGUUUGGAUUUGUGGAGACGCAAAAGGAGGACAUGCCCCCUGAGCAUGUCAGGAAGAUCAUAAGAGACCAUGGAGACAUGUCCUCAAAGAAAUAUCGUCAUGACAAACGCGUCUAUCUUGGAGCUCUUAAAUUUGUUCCACAUGCAGUGUACAAGCUUCUUGAAAACAUGCCUAUGCCUUGGGAACAGGUCCGUGAUGUGAAGGUUUUAUAUCACAUAACAGGAGCAAUUACAUUUGUCAAUGAAAUACCUUGGGUUGUCGAGCCUAUAUAUUUAGCUCAGUGGGGAACAAUGUGGAUCAUGAUGCGAAGGGAGAAAAGGGAUCGUCGGCACUUCAAGAGAAUGCGAUUUCCACCAUUUGAUGAUGAGGAGCCUCCAUUGGAUUAUGCAGACAAUCUAUUAGAUGUGGACCCUUUGGAGCCAAUACAACUGGAGUUGGAUGAAGAAGAAGAUUCUGCUGUAUAUACUUGGUUCUAUGAUCAUAAACCUCUAGUAAAAACAAAGCUUAUCAAUGGUCCUAGCUAUAGGAGAUGGAAUCUUUCUCUUCCAAUCAUGGCAACUCUUCAUCGACUUGCUGGGCAGCUACUUUCUGAUUUGAUUGACCGAAACUAUUUUUACUUGUUUGAUAUGGAGUCAUUCUUCACUGCCAAAGCUUUGAACAUGUGCAUACCUGGUGGCCCCAAGUUUGAGCCCUUGUACCGUGACAUGGAGAAAGGGGAUGAGGACUGGAAUGAAUUCAAUGACAUCAAUAAACUCAUUAUCCGUUCACCUCUUAGAACUGAGUACAGAAUUGCAUUUCCUCAUCUUUAUAACAACAGACCCAGGAAAGUAAAGCUUGGUAUAUAUCAUACUCCCAUGGUAAUGUAUAUAAAAACCGAGGAUCCUGAUUUACCUGCAUUCUAUUAUGAUCCCUUAAUACAUCCUAUAUCCUCCACUAACAAAGACCGGCGCGAGAAGAAAGUUUAUGAAGAAGAAGACGAUGAUGAAUUUUUCCUGCCAGAAGGUGUGGAACCUUUAUUGCAGAACACUCAACUUUAUACCGACACCACAGCUGCUGGUAUUUCAUUGUUGUUUGCUCCUCGCCCCUUUAACAUGAGAUCUGGUCGCAUGCGAAGGGCUGAAGACAUACCUCUCGUGUCAGAGUGGUACAAGGAGCAUUGCCCUCCAUCAUAUCCAGUUAAAGUUCGCGUCAGCUACCAGAAACUGUUGAAGUGUUUUGUGUUGAAUGAACUGCAUCACAGACCACCCAAGGCUCAGAAAAAGAAACACUUGUUCCGGUCCCUUCAAGCUACUAAGUUUUUCCAAACCACAGAGUUGGACUGGGCUGAAGCUGGUCUCCAAGUUUGUAAGCAAGGGUACAACAUGCUGAAUUUGUUGAUACAUAGAAAGAAUCUGAAUUACCUUCACCUUGAUUAUAACUUCAAUCUGAAGCCUGUGAAGACUCUCACUACAAAGGAGCGGAAGAAGUCACGCUUUGGUAAUGCUUUUCAUCUAUGUCGUGAAAUCCUGCGUUUGACAAAGCUAGUAGUGGAUGCCAACAUCCAGUUCCGCUUGGGAAAUGUGGAUGCAUUCCAAUUGGCAGAUGGCUUGCAGUACACAUUUUCACAUGUUGGGCAGUUGACUGGUAUGUACCGUUACAAAUACAGACUCAUGAGACAGAUCAGAAUGUGUAAAGACUUGAAGCACUUGAUUUAUUACCGCUUCAAUACUGGUCCUGUGGGAAAGGGGCCUGGCUGUGGUUUCUGGGCUCCAAUGUGGAGGGUGUGGUUGUUCUUCCUUCGAGGUAUUGUGCCUUUGUUGGAAAGGUGGCUGGGAAAUUUACUUGCAAGACAGUUUGAAGGGCGCCAUUCAAAAGGAGUUGCAAAGACUGUCACUAAGCAGCGUGUUGAGAGUCAUUUUGACUUGGAACUUCGGGCUGCUGUUAUGCAUGAUGUACUUGAUGCAAUGCCAGAGGGCAUUAAGCAGAACAAGGCUAGGACUAUCUUGCAGCAUCUCAGUGAAGCAUGGCGCUGUUGGAAAGCAAAUAUCCCUUGGAAGGUGCCUGGCCUGCCAGUUCCCAUUGAGAACAUGAUACUUCGUUAUGUCAAGUCAAAGGCAGAUUGGUGGACAAAUGUUGCUCAUUAUAAUCGUGAACGCAUAAGAAGGGGUGCAACAGUUGACAAGACUGUUUGUCGAAAGAAUCUAGGAAGAUUGACUCGCUUGUGGUUGAAGGCAGAGCAGGAACGACAACACAAUUAUUUGAAAGAUGGUCCAUAUGUUACACCAGAAGAGGCAGUAGCUAUAUAUACAACCACUGUGCAUUGGUUGGAGUCACGAAAAUUCUCUCCAAUUCCAUUCCCUCCAUUGUCAUACAAACAUGAUACCAAACUUCUUAUCCUUGCACUUGAGAGGCUUAAGGAAUCUUACAGUGUAGCGGUGAGAUUGAAUCAACUUCAAAGGGAAGAGUUAGGACUAAUUGAACAAGCAUAUGACAAUCCACAUGAAGCACUAUCACGAAUAAAACGUCACCUGCUUACACAGAGAGCCUUCAAAGAAGUUGGGAUUGAGUUUAUGGAUUUGUAUAGUUAUCUGAUUCCCGUAUAUGAAAUUGAACCUCUUGAGAAGAUAACAGAUGCAUACCUUGACCAGUACCUGUGGUAUGAAGGGGACAAGCGUCAUCUCUUUCCCAACUGGAUUAAGCCUGCUGAUUCAGAACCACCACCGCUUUUAGUCUAUAAAUGGUGUCAAGGUAUAAACAAUCUGCAAGGUAUAUGGGAUACAAGUGAAGGACAAUGUGUUGUGAUGCUUCAAACAAAGUUUGAGAAGUUCUUUGAGAAGAUUGAUCUGACAAUGCUAAACAGGCUUCUCCGUUUGGUUCUUGAUCACAACAUUGCUGAUUAUGUCACUGCAAAAAACAAUGUUGUGUUAUCUUACAAGGAUAUGAGUCAUACCAAUUCAUAUGGUCUAAUACGAGGUCUCCAGUUUGCUUCAUUUGUUGUGCAGUACUAUGGCCUUGUGUUGGAUCUCUUGCUUCUUGGUUUGACUCGAGCUAGUGAAAUUGCGGGACCUCCUCAGAUGCCCAAUGAGUUCAUUACAUAUUGGGACACCAAAGUUGAAACUCGACAUCCCAUUCGAUUGUAUUCACGGUACAUUGAUAGGGUACAUAUAUUAUUCCGGUUCACUCAUGAAGAGGCACGGGACCUUAUUCAGCGGUAUCUUACGGAACAUCCUGACCCCAACAACGAGAACAUGGUUGGGUAUAACAAUAAGAAAUGUUGGCCAAGAGAUGCAAGAAUGAGGCUUAUGAAGCAUGAUGUAAAUCUUGGCAGAAGUGUUUUCUGGGACAUGAAGAAUCGGUUACCUCGGAGUAUCACAACGCUGGAGUGGGAGAACAGUUUUGUUUCAGUUUACAGCAAGGACAAUCCAAACUUGCUUUUCAGCAUGUGUGGGUUUGAAGUUCGGAUUUUGCCAAAGAUAAGAAUGAGUCAAGAGGCAUUCAGCAACACAAGAGAUGGUGUUUGGAACUUGCAGAAUGAGCAGACCAAAGAGCGAACUGCAGUGGCUUUCUUACGAGUAGAUGAUGAACAUAUGAAGGUUUUUGAGAAUCGUGUGAGGCAGAUACUUAUGUCAUCGGGUUCCACAACAUUCACAAAGAUUGUCAACAAAUGGAAUACAGCUCUUAUAGGUCUCAUGACAUAUUUCCGUGAGGCUACAGUACAUACCCAGGAGUUGUUAGAUUUGCUUGUUAAAUGUGAAAAUAAAAUUCAAACCCGUAUCAAGAUUGGAUUAAAUUCAAAAAUGCCUAGCAGGUUCCCACCUGUCAUAUUCUACACACCUAAGGAAAUUGGAGGGCUUGGCAUGCUGUCAAUGGGUCACAUAUUAAUUCCACAAAGUGAUCUACGAUAUAGUCAACAAACAGAUGUUGGUGUGACCCAUUUCAGGAGUGGUAUGAGUCAUGAAGAGGACCAGCUCAUUCCUAAUCUUUAUCGCUACAUACAGCCAUGGGAGAGUGAAUUUAUAGAUUCACAACGUGUUUGGGCUGAAUAUGCAUUGAAGAGGCAGGAAGCACAGUCACAAAAUAGGCGCUUAACACUUGAAGAUUUGGAGGAUUCUUGGGAUAGGGGUAUACCACGGAUCAAUACUUUGUUUCAGAAGGACCGGCAUACCUUGGCAUAUGAUAAAGGAUGGAGGGUUCGUACAGAUUUUAAGCAGUACCAGGUUUUAAAACAGAACCCUUUUUGGUGGACACACCAACGUCAUGAUGGCAAGUUGUGGAACUUGAAUAACUAUCGAACUGAUGUCAUCCAAGCCCUUGGAGGAGUUGAGGGAAUUCUUGAGCAUACAUUAUUUAAGGGAACCUACUUUCCAACUUGGGAAGGUCUCUUUUGGGAGAAGGCAUCUGGUUUCGAAGAAUCUAUGAAGUAUAAGAAAUUGACAAAUGCACAAAGAUCUGGGCUAAACCAAAUUCCAAACCGUAGGUUUACGCUUUGGUGGUCACCUACGAUAAACCGUGCAAAUGUGUAUGUGGGAUUUCAAGUUCAGUUGGAUUUGACUGGAAUAUUCAUGCACGGGAAGAUCCCAACUCUGAAAAUAUCACUAAUCCAAAUAUUUCGUGCUCAUUUGUGGCAAAAGAUCCAUGAGAGUGUUGUUAUGGACCUCUGUCAAGUCUUGGAUCAAGAGUUGGAUGCGCUGGAAAUUGAGACUGUGCAGAAAGAGACGAUCCAUCCAAGGAAGAGCUACAAGAUGAACAGUUCUUGUGCUGAUAUUCUACUCUUUGCUGCCCAUAGAUGGCCGAUGUCAAAACCAAGUUUAGUGGCAGAAUCAAAGGAUAUCUUUGAUCAGAAAGCAAGCAAUAAAUAUUGGAUAGAUGUGCAACUACGAUGGGGAGACUAUGACUCACAUGACAUUGAGCGUUAUACACGUGCUAAAUUUAUGGAUUAUACAACUGACAAUAUGUCUAUUUAUCCAUCUCCAACUGGUGUCAUGAUUGGUCUUGAUUUGGCUUAUAAUUUGCAUUCUGCUUUUGGUAACUGGUUUCCUGGAUCCAAACCACUUCUUGCUCAAGCAAUGAAUAAGAUCAUGAAGUCAAAUCCAGCUUUAUAUGUUCUGAGGGAGAGAAUAAGGAAAGGUUUGCAGUUGUAUUCAUCUGAGCCUACGGAACCAUAUCUGUCAUCUCAAAACUAUGGGGAGAUAUUCAGCAAUCAAAUUAUAUGGUUUGUUGAUGAUACAAAUGUGUACCGUGUUACAAUUCACAAGACAUUUGAAGGGAAUCUGACAACAAAGCCUAUCAAUGGUGCCAUCUUUAUUUUCAAUCCAAGAACAGGGCAGCUGUUUCUUAAGGUCAUCCACACAAGUGUAUGGGCUGGACAAAAGCGUCUUGGUCAGUUGGCAAAGUGGAAAACAGCAGAAGAAGUUGCUGCUCUGGUUAGAUCUUUGCCUGUUGAAGAGCAGCCAAAGCAAAUCAUUGUGACUCGUAAAGGAAUGCUGGAUCCUUUAGAGGUCCACUUGCUAGAUUUCCCAAAUAUAGUUAUCAAAGGGAGUGAACUGCAGCUGCCAUUCCAAGCAUGUCUGAAGAUUGAGAAAUUUGGUGAUUUGAUUCUGAAGGCCACAGAACCACAAAUGGUUUUGUUUAACAUUUAUGAUGAUUGGCUGAAAAGUAUCUCAUCAUAUACUGCAUUCUCUCGUCUCAUCCUAAUUUUGCGGGCAUUGCAUGUAAACAAUGAGAAGGCAAAAAUGUUGCUAAAGCCUGACAAGACUAUCGUCACUGAACCACACCACAUCUGGCCUUCUCUGACAGAUGAUCAAUGGAUGAAGGUGGAGGUUGCAUUGAGAGAUCUUAUACUCUCUGACUAUGCAAAAAAGAAUAAUGUGAACACUUCAGCUCUUACUCAAUCUGAGAUUCGUGAUAUAAUACUGGGAGCUGAGAUUACUCCACCUUCACAACAGAGGCAACAGAUAGCAGAGAUUGAGAAACAGGCAAAAGAAGCAAGCCAGCUCACAGCUGUAACAACAAGGACAACAAAUGUGCACGGUGAUGAACUCAUUGUCACCACCACAAGUCCAUAUGAGCAAUCUGCUUUUGCAUCCAAAACUGAUUGGCGUGUGAGAGCAAUUUCAGCCACAAACCUUUAUCUCCGAGUUAAUCACAUUUAUGUGAAUUCUGAGGACAUCAAGGAGACGGGUUACACAUACAUCAUGCCCAAAAAUAUCUUAAAGAAGUUUAUCUGCAUAGCAGAUCUGCGGACUCAAAUUUCAGGAUACAUAUAUGGUAUAAGCCCACCAGACAACCCUCAGGUUAAAGAAAUCCGCUGCAUUGUAAUGCCACCACAAUGGGGGACUCAUCAGCAAGUCCACCUCCCAUCUGCUCUUCCUGAACAUGAUUUCUUAAAUGAUCUGGAGCCAUUGGGAUGGAUGCACACACAACCAAAUGAGCUUCCACAACUGUCACCACAGGAUCUCACAACUCAUGCCCGGGUUCUGGAGAACAAUAAGCAGUGGGAUGGGGAGAAGUGCAUAAUCCUCACUUGCAGUUUCACUCCGGGUUCUUGCUCAUUAACUGCAUACAAGCUAACCCCAACGGGAUAUGAAUGGGGACGAGUCAACAAGGACACUGGAAGCAAUCCCCAUGGUUAUUUACCAACUCACUAUGAGAAGGUCCAGAUGCUUCUUAGUGAUCGUUUCUUUGGAUUCUACAUGAUUCCGGAUAAUGGCCCGUGGAAUUACAACUUCAUGGGAGUGAAACAUACAUCCAGCAUGAAGUAUAGUAUUAAGCUUGGAACUCCUAGAGAAUAUUAUCAUGAAGAUCACAGGCCUACUCAUUUUCUUGAGUUCAGCAAUUUGGAAGAGGGUGAGACUGCCGAGGGUGACAGGGAGGAUACAUUUAAUUAGACCAGAGGUGUAGUCAUGUAAAUAACUUGUCCCAACACCGACAUUGAACCCUUGGGAAGGAAAGUUAGGUUGCUCCAUCUCUUUUUUGUUGUAAUAAUAGAUAUUUUAUAUUUUGUGUCCCAUGUUUGCUUGGCCCAAGCCCAAAGGCAGACAUAGGCGAGUAUACUCUCCCGACUUGUAUAUAUAUGUUCGGACAGGUUGCAGAAGUUACUUUAUGAUACAGAGCAGGUUCCGUGA